AUGGCCAAAAGCGAAGACUCCAAAGGCAGUGCCAACGACAAGGCUUCGAAACGGUCCAGAUGGGCUACGCGGAGAAUGACGGUCAAGAGCAGUGGUAUCAAAAGGCAAUCCCUCAUUGACAGGAUACACAAGCGAACCGGAUCCACCGAGAAGAAGAGGCAUUCCGCUGGUAGCAACUCCUUGCGGCAGGAAGGCGGAGCCGAUGGCGACGAAGACGACGCUGCGAACCGACCUGGUCAGGAUGACACCAACAGCAACGCGUCGACCGAUGACGGCGAGGCCAGGACCCUGUAUUUCAACAUACCACUGCCUCCCGAGAUGAAAGAUGAGGAGGGCCAUCCCUUGCUGCAAUUUACUCGAAACAAGAUCCGAACCGCCAAAUACACGCCUCUAUCCUUCGUACCGAAAAAUCUCUAUUUUCAGUUUCAUAACAUUGCCAACAUCUUCUUCUUGUUUUUGGUCAUUCUUUCGGUCUUCCCCAUUUUCGGCGGCGGCAACAACCCCGGACUGAACGCAGUGCCCCUGAUCUUCAUUAUCGCCGUCACGGCCAUCAAAGACGCCAUAGAAGAUUAUAGGAGAACUGUUCUCGAUAUUGAGCUGAAUAACGCCCCGGUACAUCGUCUAGUCGGAUGGGAAAAUGUCAACGUUGAAGAAGACAAUGUUUCAUCGUGGCGCAAGUUCAAGAAGAGUAGCUCCAAAUUCUUUGGUGCCAUUUGGCAUAGUAUCGAAAGCCUUUGGAAGAAGAAUCCGAACAAAAGUGUCAUGGCAAGCAUUGCCGAUCCGCGACCGUCUAUCGAUACUCAUGCUACGCGCCGGGAGUCUAUCGUCAUGUCGCCCAGGACUGACCGCACCUCUUACAUAUCCGCCCAGGAGGAUAUCCAAAUGACACCUAUGGCGUCGCCUGCACUUGUUCCCCCGACCGACUUGCUUCCUGUCCCGGGCAGUCAAGCGUCGGAACCUCGUCCAGAUACGAGACUCUCUUACAAUGCUGAUAAACCAGAGGCCAUCGAAAGAGUUCAAGGCGAUCUCAUCAACCACCAAAGACCCACAAACGGAGGCGCUCGGUUCCACAAGGAUGCGUGGAAAAAUGUCCAGGUUGGCGACUUCGUCCGUAUCUACAACGACGAUGAACUUCCUGCCGAUUUGAUCGUGUUGUCGACUUCGGAUCCCGACGGAGCCUGCUACGUCGAAACCAAGAACCUUGACGGUGAGACAAAUCUGAAAGUGCGGACUGCGCUGCGCUGCGGUCGGACCCUCAAGCACGCCCGCGAUUGUGAAAAGGCCGAGUUCACCAUCGAGAGUGAAGGGCCCCAGCCAAACCUCUACAAGUACAACGGUGCAAUCAGCUGGACCCAGGAAGUCCAUGGCGCUGAGAAAGAUAUGUCUGAGCCCAUCUCCAUCGACAACAUGCUCCUUCGUGGUUGCAACUUGCGCAAUACGGACUGGGUCCUAGGUAUCGUCGUCUUUACUGGGCAUGAUACCAAGAUUAUGAUGAAUGCCGGUAUUACGCCAAGCAAACGUGCACGAAUUGCUCGAGAACUCAACUUCAACGUCAUCUGCAACUUUGGAAUUCUUCUCAUCAUGUGUCUUAUCUCCGCAAUCGUCAACGGAAUCGCUUGGGGCAAGAGUGAUGCUUCCAAUGCCUUUUUCGAAUACGGCUCCAUUGGCGGAACGGCUGGGUUGACCGGUUUCAUCACCUUCUGGGCAGCCGUAAUUGUGUUCCAGAAUUUGAUUCCUAUCUCUCUGUACAUCUCCCUGGAAAUCGUCAGAACUCUACAGGCCAUAUUCAUCUACAGCGACGUCGAAAUGUACUAUGAUGUAAUCGACCAGCCGUGUGUUCCCAAAUCCUGGAACAUUUCAGAUGAUGUCGGCCAAAUCGAGUAUAUCUUCUCAGACAAGACCGGUACUCUUACUCAAAACGUCAUGGAGUUCAAAAAAGCAACCAUCAACGGACAACCAUACGGAGAAGCAUAUACCGAAGCGCAAGCUGGUAUGCAGAAGCGUAUGGGGAUCGAUGUUGUUGUUGAGGGCGCCAAAGCUAGGAGACAAAUCGCUGAAGCAAAGAUCCGCGCGAUCAAAGAUCUCCGCCGCAUUCACAAUAACCCAUAUCUACACGACGACGACGUUACCUUCAUUGCACCUGAUUUCGUUGAGGAUCUGGCAAAUGAGGGACAGUUCGGAGAGGAACAGGCAAAGGCCAAUGAGCAUUUCAUGCUUGUCUUGGCUCUUUGCCACACCGUCAUCUCUGAACUUGUUCCCGGUGAUCCUCCCAAGAUUAUCUUCAAGGCUCAAUCUCCUGAUGAAGCUGCGCUAGUAGCGACAGCUCGCGAUAUGGGCUUCACGGUACUUGGAAGCACAAACGACGGCAUCAAGCUGAACGUCAUGGGCAAGGAAAUAUCGUACCCUAUCCUCAACACCAUCGAGUUCAAUUCUAGCCGAAAGAGAAUGAGUGCAAUCGUGAAGUUCCCAGAUGGCACUAUUCGUCUGCUUUGCAAAGGUGCCGACAGCGUUAUCUACUCUCGCCUCAAACGCGGUGAGCAACAAGAGCUUCGCAAAACGACUGCCGACCAUCUUGAGAUGUUUGCCCGUGAGGGCCUUCGAACGCUGUGUCUUGCAGAACGUAUCCUUUCUGAGUCAGAGUACCUUGCAUGGCGUAAGGAGCAUGACAAGGCUGCCACUGCGCUAACCGACCGAGAGGAGAAAUUGGAAGAAGUAGCCAGCAAGAUUGAACAGGAGUUAAGUUUAUUGGGAGGAACAGCCAUCGAAGAUAGGCUUCAAGAUGGUGUGCCUGACACCAUUGCUCUGCUCGGUCAGGCUGGUAUCAAGCUAUGGGUCCUUACUGGCGACAAGGUCGAGACUGCCAUCAACAUUGGUUUCUCCUGCAACCUUCUCAACAACGACAUGGAGUUGAUCCAUCUCAAAGUCUCCGAAGACGAAUCAGGAGCUACACCUGACGAAGAGUUUCUGAGUACUGUUGAAGCGGAGCUUGACAAGUAUCUGCAAGGCUUCGGCAUCAGCGGUAGUGAUGAGGACCUGAAGGAAGCCAGAAAGAACCACGAGGCCCCAGCACCCACACAUGCCGUUGUCAUUGACGGGUUUACCCUUCGAUGGGUGCUUCACGAAAGCCUUGUGCAGAAAUUCUUGCUGCUAUGUAAGCAGUGCAAAUCAGUUCUCUGCUGCCGCGUAAGUCCUGCUCAGAAGGCCGCUGUCGUCGCCAUGGUCAAGUCUGGUCUUGAUGUCAUGACCUUAUCUGUUGGUGAUGGUGCCAACGAUGUGGCCAUGAUUCAAGAGGCUGACGUCGGUGUGGGUAUUGCUGGUGUAGAAGGUCGUCAAGCCGUCAUGUCGUCCGACUACGCUAUUGGACAGUUCCGCUUCCUUCAGCGCCUGAUUUUGGUCCAUGGAAGGUGGUCUUAUAGACGGUUGGCCGAGUCCAUCUCUAAUUUCUUCUACAAGAACAUGAUUUGGACGUGGUCCAUCUUCUGGUUCCAGUGCUUCUGCGACUUCGACAUCACCUAUUUGAUGGAGUAUACCUAUAUUCUCAUGUUCAACCUGCUUUUCACUUCAGUCCCGGUCAUUCUUAUGGGGGUUCUGGACCAGGAUGUGACUGAUGCGGUUUCCUUGGCUGUUCCGGAGCUCUAUCGCCGUGGCAUUGAGCGUAUGGAAUGGACACAGACCAAAUUCUGGCUUUACAUGCUUGAUGGUAUCUAUCAAAGUGUCAUGGUCUUCUUUAUCCCGUAUCUCACCUUCAUCAACGCCACCACUAUCACCGGAAAUGGAUUGGAUGUCCAAGACCGAAUCAGACUCGGGUGCUACGUGGCCCAUCCGGCUGUGCUGACAAUCAACCUGUAUAUCCUGAUCAACACGUACCGUUGGGAUUGGAUUAUGCUGUUGGCAGUCGUCCUUAGUGAUGUGUUUAUCUUCUUCUGGACUGGUGUCUACUCUUCGUUCGUCUCUUCAGCGAGUUUCUUUGGAGUGGCCAACCAGGUGUAUGCGCAAGCAAGCUUCUGGGCGGUCUUCUUCAUCACGCCGGUCAUUUGCCUUCUUCCCCGCUAUGCCACCAAAGCCAUUCAGAAGGUUUACUUUCCUUACGAUGUGGACAUCAUCCGAGAGCAAGUCACGAUGGGCAAGUUCAAGCACGUCGAGCCGGCCGAGACUGGCAAGGAAUCUGUCAAGUCUGACUCGACCGAGUCAUCUACUGGUUCCGCCAUCAAACGCCAUCAGCAAUUCCCCAGCGUUGACGAGGACCGACGACCUAUUUACCCGCCAACGUUACAUUCGACGACGACACAUAAUGCGCGGAGUCAAAACGGCAGCGAUGGUACCAACUACACGAGGCAUGAAGCUUCUCAGGAAAUCACUGUACGGCCAUCGCUUGAAAGGGUUCGGCCAUCAUACGACCGCAUGAGGGCGUCGAUGGAUCGGAUGCGACCUAGCUACGAACAAUCUAAUGACUUCACUUCGGCUGCUAUGUUGAAUCGCUACGAAUCUACUCGUUGCGCUUCCGUGUCAACCGCACCCCCGGCCGAGGGAGGAGAAGGCAUAGUGAGUCGAAUCAGGAGACGUACCAGAGGCAAAUCUUUCAAGUCAGCCUUCCAGUUCCACCACAAGGACAAUCACAUCGCCGAGCAUGAGUAG